CUACUAAUCACCAGCGUCACGGUUUGGCGACAAAUCUCACUCCAAUCCAAUAGCAGCGCCACCCCCAAUCCUUUCCCCCUUCCAAUUCAGUGCUCGUGGUUGGUGGAGUAGGGUUUUAGCCAUGGCAUGGAGCGCCGCCGCCGCCGUCUCCAGGUUCGCCGCCUCGCCGGCCGCUGAGAUCCGCCUGCCUCUCUCGGCCGCAGCCGCAGCCUCCGUGUCCUUCGCCGGGCGCCGCCGCUUCGGCCCCAUCGCCGCGUCCCUCGCAACCUCCGCCACAGUCACAAAGGAGGCUGUUCAAACGGAGAAGGCGCCAGCAGCGUUAGGCCCCUAUUCGCAGGCCAUCAAAGCAAACAAUCUUGUGUUUCUCUCUGGGGUUCUCGGCCUAAACCCUGAGACAGGGAAGUUUGUCUCUGAAGGUGUUGAGGAGCAAACUGAGCAGGUUAUGAAGAACAUCGGUGAAAUAUUGAAAGCAAGUGGUGCUAGCUACUCUUCAGUUGUCAAGACAACAAUCAUGUUAGCCGAUCUACAGGAUUUCAAGAAAGUCAAUGAGAUCUAUGCAAAAUAUUUUCCAUCUCCUGCACCGGCAAGGUCAACUUACCAAGUGGCAGCUCUGCCACUGAAUGCCAGGAUUGAGAUCGAGUGCAUUGCUGCUCUCUAGGUACCGUGAGACUACUCAUUGAAACCUCAAUAAGCAUUCGAUGUCAUUGCAGCUGGAAACUGUUUUGUAGCGCUCAACUGUCGCUGUGAUCUUGUAAUAGCAAUUAAGGUCUUGAAAUGAAUGCAAUAAACCUUGGUUA